AUGGCUGAGUCCUCAACUCACCCAACUUCUGAGGACGGUGACGUCAGCCUGGCGCAGGAGAAGGCGCCCUCGCCGACCCCUAAGCAGAAGACUCCCAGGCGCCGCCGCCGCCGCCGCAGCCGCCGCUGCAGCCGCAGUCACAGCUGCCCUGAUCAGGAGUACAGCUUCGCCGCCUAUUUCACCAAGGUUCUUAAGCAAGAUAACGAGGAUCUCAGCCUGUCUCGGGAGGCCAAGAGCCUCAUGGACGUGUUCCUGAGGGAGGUCUUCGAGCGCAUCGUCAACCAGGCCGCCCGCCUGGUCCAGAAAAAGAAUCUCCCAGCCCUUACCCAGAUCGAGCUCCAGAGUGUGGUUCAACACCUGCUGCCCGGUGAGCUCAGCAUGUUCGCAGACACGGAGGGCACCAAGGCCCUCCUGAAGUACAAAAGGCGCAAGUGA